GUGCAGUGAUCUGAGAGGGACACAGUGGAUCACCGAUCCACGGAAAGAGCUGAAGAUGUCGGCUCGGUCAUGUGAUCAGCUGUGUCCAAUCACAGCUGAUCACAUGACAUGUACACUGAUCAUCAGGGCACUGAUGGUCAGUGUGCCCUGAUGAUCAGUGUAGCCCCAGCAGUGCCACCUGUCAGUGUCCAUCAGUGCCAUGUGCCAGUGCCCAUCAGUGCCACAUCAAUGCCACAUAUCAGUGCCUACCAGUGCACAUCAAUGCCACAUAUCAGUGCCCAUCUGAGCUGCCUGUUAGUGUCACCCAUCAGUGCCAGUCACUGCCGCCUAUCAGUGCGCAUCAGUGCCGCCUAUCAGUGCCCGUCAGUGCCGCAUAUCAAUGCCAGUCAG